AUGUUCUACCACGAAUUUGAAAGUCUACUGGAUGAAACCUCCAUUCCUCUUGAAAGCAGGCAGGAUUUGCAAAGAUCUGACCGCCUUCUUUGUUAUGCGGCUUACAUUUUGCUGUUUGGUCUCUCGGCAGUGCAGAUCAAUUAUCUAGAGCAGAUGAUGAAGUUUCUCUACGAAAAUGAUCCGCCAAUUUCGCAUCAUGAUAUCGAAAGUUACUUCGAAGGUAUUUUGCAAACUUAUAACAUCACAAUAAGCUAUUUCUGUUCCUCUUGUACAAACCUUAUGGAAUCGUCCCAAACACAGUGCGAAAAUCCAAUGUGCGCAAUCUACAGACAGAAUAUCAAGAGAGCGAAAAGGAUGCAGCGUACCGAAGUCCAUCUAAUAGAUUUGAAGCCGCAAUUAGAAGAUAUUUUAAGAGAAAAUAUUGGGAAGAUUAUACAUCUGCAUGAAUACCUGCACCGUCACAGGGUACGUUGUAGUUCAAGAAGAGAUGUACGAGCGUCCACAUACAAGGAAGACGGUGGUCUAUGGAGUCCAAGUACUCGGCAGAAGAAGACUGAAGAAAACAUCAACGUAAUCGAAAAAGAAAACAUCAACGUGAUCGACAAGGAAAACAUCAGAGAAAUCGACGCCAGGACGUACUACUGCCUUUAG